AUGUCAGAAGAAGAGAAGUUUUAUUUUAUGUUGCCUGCACUUGUGAAGGAUGGAUUAGUCGAAGACGAUUCCAUCCAUUAUGCGAUGACAUCUUAUCCGCAAGAAAUCGCUUCACAAGCUGCAAUUACAAUUGUUACAGAUUAUACUAACAGAAAUAAUAAAUUAGACACAUCAACAAAGAAGCGUGUCAAGACAAUCAUGGAAUAUCUUGCAAUCGCUCUUUCUUUGCCUAUGAAACACACGAGAUUAAUGACUACAGCCCGAAACAAGUAUCGUGAAUGGCUUGAAAAUCCAUCAAUUUUCGGGGCUGUUCCUCGCCAGAACAAAUACCUUUGUCGAAUAAUCAAGCAGCUUUCUCUUCCUUUUGCUUUUAGAGAACCCGUAGCAGAUAACUUUAAAUCCUCUUUCAAUAAUUUAUUAAAUAAUAUUCUUAACGAUAUCAAGUUCUUCCACACCACAAGCGGAUCAUGGUUUACGAAGGAAACUUGGUAUACACUCUUGAAUGUUUCAAUCGGCAUCGCUGACGCUGUAUUGAACUACGACUUCGGCCAGUUCCUUCCCAAGAGCGAUAUCACAAAACUUCGUCAAAAAGCAGUCGAUAAUUAUUUCAGUAUCUUACAGUUGAGCGGCCUUAAGGACGAUGACGUUUGGAAGCGUUUCAACGAAUAUUGCAGAAAAUGGACAAAGCAUUUCGACUUCAUUCGCGUCUGGGGAAAGAGCGUAACAAAAUUAUUCGUCUAUUUCAACAUUCGCAUUUACAAACCGAAGCUUGAAACACAACAGGAACCCUUCCAAGAGGGUGUCUACAGCCCAGAAAAUCCAAUUUCCGAUGAAAUGGUCGGCUUCAUUUUCCAUCAUUUUGUUUACGCCGUUGACCACCAGAGACUCAUCGAAGAACCCGCGGAACUUCUCAAGGAAUUUGCAAUCAACAUGCUCGCAAUUACAGAAACCGCUCAGGCUCUUGGAGAUGUCACAUCCGAAUUUUUCAUCAAGAGAUUCCCAAUUAUUCCAUUCCUCAAGAUCUUCGGCGUCUAUCUUACAUUUUGCCCAAUUCUUUCCGACAACUACGAUGAGCCAGUUUCCUCAUUUGUCACUGCCAUCAUUUCAUUGCUCUCAAACUUCCAGAUCGACAACUACGACAACCCAUCCAUCAACCGCCUCAUCACCUACGUCCUUAAUCGUACAACUCCUGAGCACAUGCUUCCUUUGGCCGCAUUUUUGAACACAGGAUACAAACUUUACCGCCACAACAACAAGAUUCUUCCAUACGUCUCCAUCAAAACUCUCGACAUGAUCAUGCAGCUCAAUCCUGCCAAGGCUCAGAAGAUCGUAAACGAAGAUUUCUACUCUCCAUGUACAUCACUCUUCAUUUCAGCUACAGAAAUGAUGUCCAGGCAUCCGAACAUAUUCGAAAAAUACCAACCAGCAUUCCAGUUCCUCUGGAACAACACAAAUCGCAACGAAGUCCAGUUCCAGUUAUUAUGUUUCGGAUCUAACAUCGACGUUGACAUUACAGAGAAGAUUUUCCUGCAUUUCCAGGAAACAACGUUCAGACAAAUGACAUCGGAUGUCCAAAAGAUCGCAUUCAUAGCUGGUCUCAUUUAUUUACUUUCCGCCCGAUUAAGGUUUGAGCCACGAUCAACCUCAGAAGCCAUCUGUUCGAAGCGCCUUAUUCCACACAUCACGACAUGCAUUACGAAAACUGAUCCUUCCCACCUCGAUAACUUCGAUAUCCUCGCCUGCGCACUUUUACAGCUUUUCAUCACCGCUCUCGAGUGGGGUGUCAACAUCUUCACAGACAGAGAGAACUUGAAGUACCUUUACGAGUUCGUUGAUUUCGUCAAAGGAUCUCUCAAGGCUUACUCCAAGUAUAAGAAGCUCAAGAAGGAGUCCUCCGAUAACGAGAAGUCGGAGAGGUCCGAAAGAUCCGAUAAGAGCGAGAGAUCAGACAGUUCUAAGUUCUCUGGAUCAGAUCAAGAGAACAAACGCCUUAUUAAGGGCAACGGAAGAUGGGUUGAGCACUCAAAGUCAUUCAUCAGAGCUUGCUACGAAGAUAUCAUGGGAAGAAUCUCACUUCAUUAUCCAAACUCAGAAUUAUUCACUCGUAGAUCAAAUUCGGUCGGUGAAUUGAACGAAGAAUACAUCGCUAAGAAGCUCGGAUUGACAGACUACAAGAUUAACUACUUCGCAGUAAGACAUAAUACAUUAAUUUCAUUUGUUGAGAAAACAGAUGGAACAGGACCACUCUUCCUUUUGUCCCGCGGUACACACGGCCGCUGCGUCUUUUUGGUUGAAGAAAACUUAAGAAGAGGAAUCCAAGAUCCACAACUCGCUGACGUAGUAAAGAGAGCACCACUCAAUAAGGCUGAGAAACUCCAGAAUAGAGAGCCUAUUAUCAAUACGGUCGAUGAUCUCAAGCAGAGCCCAACAAUCAGCGACUUAGAGGCAGAUGAUGAGAGAAUCAGAUCAGUUUACGCAAAGUCUUUCGACGAAUGGCUUGAUAUCUCAGGUUUGAGCUACGUACCAGACUUCAACCAGCACCAGCCUUACCAGAGACCAAGAGUGGCAGAUUUCAUCUCAAAGAUGGGACUUUUGACACAACCGUCAGUUUACGAUGUAACCUACUUUACAUCCGAUGAAACUGUCAGAAAUUCAAUUGAAAAACUCGACCAAGUUGAGUUCACCACUGUUGAACCAGUCUUGAUCAAGCACGUCCUUCCAUGCGAUAAGAGCAUCGAGGAUACCAACGUCUGCAAGAGAAUGACACCUCUUAUGUCCCAAUUCUUGGAGCAAGUUGGCGAACCAAUGCAGUUGUCUCCAGAAUGCUGCUCAGCAAACGACAUCUUCAUUCUCAAUACACCAGUUCCAGCCGUUCCGAUGACUCGUGGACAUAUUAUUUUCAUGUCCAGCGCAAUGGUCAACUCGGACAUCACAGCUAAGAAGAUCAACCAGACAGAAACACUCGUUACUAUCAUCUUCAACGAAACUGACUUCGAUUUGAAGAUUGAACUCGAAAAAUCUCCGAAAUCUUUACUCUUGGUCAUCAGACCAAAAGGCAAAGGUCUCUACCACGUCACACAGUUGCAGGUUCCACUGGAAAUGUACUCUCCAUUCUGCGAGGAACAGUGCAUUUCUGCAAAGACAUUAGCAUUCAACAUCUCUGUCUGCAUCGAGCAGUUUGUCCCGAUCAAGGAGAACCUCUUCCCCAACACAGUUCACCAACGCAACAAAAUCCUCAAGGAACUCGAGGAAAAGUGCGGAAAGAAGGUCGAUCCAGCUCUUGUCGCGAAUACCUUCCAUUAA